AUGAACCUCAACUUCACCUCGCCCGCUGUGGCCCCAAGGCCGACCUCCUUCUUCAUCGAAGAUAUCCUGCUCCAUAAGCCCAAACCAUUGAGGGAAGGGGGCCCCGAGCCUUUCCACGGACCCCUGGCCUCACGGGUGCCUCUGCUGGACUAUGGGUACCCGCUGAUGCCACCCCCGGCCAUUUUGGCGCCUCACCCGCACCACCCGCUCCACAAGGCAGACCACCAUCACCCCUAUUUCCUGACCACUUCGGGGGUCCCCAUGCCGGCGCUCUUCCAGCCUCACCCGCACGCCGAGCUCCCGGGCAAGCACUGUCGCCGCCGGAAGGCCCGCACCGUCUUCUCUGACUCGCAGCUCUCGGGCCUGGAGAAGCGCUUCGAGAUCCAGCGUUAUCUGUCCACGCCGGAGCGCGUCGAGCUGGCCACGGCCCUCAGCCUCUCCGAGACCCAG